GAACAGGUGUACAUUAAUAGUCCUGACGCGGCACGCAUUCAAACAUAACACAUUCAAACCCUGCUUUCUCUCUUUUUAUCCGUCUCAAGUUCAGGUCUAUUUCACAUUCACUAUCCCGAUUAGCGUUCAACAUUCUUAACAUCCUCACUCUUAUUUUUCCUAGUAAAACAUCUAUUUUCACCAUGUCGAUUAUGGAGUAUAACGGAGGUGCGGUUGUGGCCAUGGUAGGCAAGAACUGCGUGGCCAUUGCCUGUGACAAGCGUCUCGGUGUGCAAGCUAUGACCAUCUCGACUGAAUUCAAAAAGACUUUUCAGGUGACUCCAAAGACAUAUAUCGGCCUUCCUGGCCUAGCCACGGAUGUUCAGACUUUAGCAGAAAAGUUCCGCUUCAAGGUCAACAUGUACAAACUUAGGGAAGAGCGUGAGAUCGAGCCCAAAACCUUGGCUCAUCUCGUCUCUUCCACCCUCUAUGAGCGACGAUUCGGACCUUGGUUUGUGGAGCCUGUAAUUGCAGGAUUGGAUAAGGAGAACAGACCAUUUAUCUGCUCGACAGAUUUAAUUGGAUGUAUCAACUUUGCAAAGGACUUUGUUGUCUCGGGAACUACUUCGAAUCAACUCUUUGGAAUGUGCGAAUCACUUUGGGAACCUGAUCUGGAACCUGAGGAAUUGUUUGAGACCAUCUCGCAAUCGCUAAUGAAUGCCGUCGACCGCGAUUGUUUGAGCGGUUGGGGAGCAGAAGUUACUGUCAUCACGCCCGACAAGAUCAUCACGCGCACUCUCAGGACUCGCCAGGACUAAAAUCCGGUUAAAUAGGGAUGAAUCUAUGUGCUCUGUAAAAGAAGACGUUAUUUCAGGUCAAUAAAACAGAAAUGAAAGCAAGAG